CAAAACGCGCACCACCCAAAAUCUCUCUGCUUCUCUGCCUUUCUCUUCUUCUUCUCCAUUGGCCACAUUCAAAGACAGCAACCAAAAUUCUGUAAACUACCCAAAACUUCACUUUUCUCGGCUAGAAAAUCGCAUAAAAACCGAUUUCCUUUUUCUUUUUAAUUUUUAUCACUGUAUCACUUUUCCUUUGAUCCGUCUUCUUCUCUUUCCUUAUUAGUCACCCCAUUUUUUAAUUUCUUGGCACCACAAGCACAGAAUGGACAAUCGGGGAAUCUUUUUCACGGAAAUGCGAGAAUCUUGGAUUUUAAUUCAUUAGACAAGUUUCUUUCUUAUCCUGAAAAGGAAGAAUAUCUAUCAGAGAAAGUACAAAGACGAUUUUGGUUUGUUUUUCACGAGUUGAUAGAGGUAAGCCAUCAUGACUCGCCGGUCGGAGUCUCCGAACGGUAGGACCCAGUCAUUACUAGCGGAGAAGCCAACUGAAACGACAAAAAAAUUGGCGAAAACGAAAACGACCAGCAAGGAAGGGCAGGGAGAAAAAUCUUCAAAAAGCAAACGUUUCGGAGAGGUUGUUGGUGGCACAGCGGCAGAGUGCGCAGCGGUGUGUUGUUGUUGUCCUUGUACACUGAUGAACCUGUUAGUUUUAACAAUUUUCAAGAUGCCGGCUUGUCUUUGCAGGAAAGUGAGAAACCGUUUAAGGAAAAAGAAGAGGAGAGAAGGAUUGUUGGCGCCAACAAACAAUAAUACCAUCCGUAGGGAGGAAUUAGAGAGGGAAUUGAAAGCAGUUACAGAGAAACAAAAAAGUGUUGAUGGUGGUGAUAACGAUGAUGGAAAAACUGAAGCGCUUGAUCUAGAGAAGGAAAUGUGGGACCAGUUUUAUGCUAGUGGGUUUUGGAGAAGCCCCUCUCAGAGACAGAGACAAACACAAACACAUACAGUAUGACUGAUGAUGAUGAUAGUAUUGCCAUUUUCCAAUAGAAGCUAACAAUGUCUUUUAGGACUAUGCAUUGUACUUGGAAGUACAAAAAAAAAAAAAAAAAAA